AUGGAUGUUCUAGAUCCACCGAAUCAAGUUCUAGAAAGUAGGCGUGUAGUCCAACAAUUGGUACCAGUGUCCCUGGCAUCUGGCUUUCCUUAUUUCUGCUCCUGUGGCUCCAUGGGUGUACAAGCUAGCGAUUCAGAAACCUAUCACAGCCAUCCCAACCCAGACCUGCAUUCUAGAGCCCUUGGCACUGCGGGUGCCCUCUGCCUGGCUACCGAGGAUCUGGUGGGGUGUAGGUGUGAUGUUUCAAGCCCUGGGUCUUAUUCCCAUCUCUGGAAACUUGCUGUAGCCGGUGUGAGCAUCAGGGGCCUGAGUCUUCACCUGAACCACCCUCACCCCCGCAAUGACCAGGGGGUGAAGGUCCUGCUGACCACUUACAGCCUCCUCUCCAGCCCCAGCUUUCUGAAGACCUGUCCCAGUUCCAACGUCACUGUGCCACAGGGACCCCCAUCAAUGCUGGCUGCGUCUCUCCCACUUCUCUCCACGGCCCCCAAUUUCACUGUGUGCGAAACCGAAGUUCCAAGCCUUGGAGAACUGAAGCAGGUUCUAAAACCCGAAGGGUUUCGAAAUCUCAGCAACUGCAGAGGAGAGAAGCGGGCUCACGGACUGGGCUGGGGGCGCGGCGCAGGGUGGCGGCGGGCAAGUCGUGCUCCCUCGGGGAAGGAGUCUCCAUUGCCCCCCUCGUCCCCUGCCAGCGCAGCCGGGGCUGGACAUCUCCGGCCCCGCGCCGCUGAGGCGCCGCCGCGUCCCGGCAUCGAGCCGGAAAGCUGGGGCCCGGGCGGAGUGGGGCGGGGCGGAGGGGCCCAGGGGCUGGAAGCAGCGCCGAGAGGGCGCGGCCGGGCACGGACCCGAGCUCCGGGCAGCGGGCCGCCCCGAGGGCGGAGGGGAGUGGCCCGCCGCGGCCUUAUUUCCUCGAGCGCCGGCGCAGCUCACUUGGAGCCUGUCCGUCGAACGCCGCGCUCUCCUGCGUCCAUGCCGCCCCGCCUGCAACCGCCGCUCGCCUCUGGGACCGGGCGCCCGCGCGCCGCGGUUCUGCCGCUCGCGCUGCUGCUGUCGCUCGCCCUGCAAGGGGUGGCGGCGGCACCCGCGGGGGCCGGGGAGCCCGAGGACUCCCUUCGGCGCCAGGACCCGGAGCUCCCGCGCGGACUCCUGGAGCAGGCGGCGCGCGCGGCGCUGCACUUCGUCAACUUCCGCGCGGGCUCGCCCAGCACCCUUCGCGUGCUGGCCGACGUGCUGGACGGCCGCGCCAGGGUUAAUCCAAAGAAGGAAUGUCAGGUUGACCUGGUGUUUACCACAGAUCGCUAUAACCCAGAGGACGGUGAGGAACGUUUGGGGAAAUGUUCCGCUCGAGUGUUUUUCAGGAAUCAGAAACCCAGACCGGCCAUUAAUGUGACUUGUACACGACUCAUUGAGAAGAACAAAAGACAACAGGAGGAUUACCUGCUUUACAAGCACAUGAAGCAACUCAAAACCCCCUUGGAUGUAGUCAGCAUGCCUGAUAGCCAUGGACAUAUUGAUCCCUCUCUGAGACCCAUUUGGGAUUUGGCUUUUCUUGGUGGCUCUUAUGUGAUGUGGGAAAAGACAACCCAGUUUUUACAUUACUACAUGGCACAGCUCAGCAGUGUUAACCAAUGGAAAACAAAUGACGAUGCAAUUGAUUUUGAUUAUACCGUUCUACUCCAUGAAUUCUCAACACAGGAAAUCAUUCCUUGUCGUAUUCACUUGGUCUGGUACCCUGGCAAACCACUUAAAGUGAAGUACCACUGUCAAGAGCUACAGACACCAGAAGAAGCCUCUGGAACUGAAGAAGGUUCAGCUGUGGCACCAACAGAGCUCAAUAAUUUCUGAAAAGAAAAAAGGUCUGCUUAUACCAAAUUCUAAACAAAAUGACUCUAUUAAAUAGUGUAAAUCACUAUUCUGGCAAAAUAGGUAAGGUAUAAAGUAUUCUCAUAUUUUUUAGAAAGCCUGCAAUUAUAAUACUUAACAAUUAAAAGAUGCUGGGGUUUUUGUUUUUCGAUUGGUUUGGUUUAUUUUGUUAAUUCUGGGAACACAGGCAUACUGAACUCUGCUCAGCGCUAAACAGUUUACUCCACAGGUUUCUCAGGGUUUCAGCCCUAAAUGUAAAAGAAGAAUCAACUGGUAUAUACUGUAAUUGGAUCAAUAAGUAUUUAGCAAAACAAAAAUUGAUGGUCUUACCUUUAAAGCUGUAUUUCUCAUUACUUUGAACAUAGCAAAGCCAACUAUUUUCUGUUGCUAAAUUCCUUCUACUUAGUAUAUAAAAAAUAUAGUUCAAUGAAAGCAAAUUGCAGGGAAAAUAAUACCAGUUUAGAACAAACUUUAAUUUUUUUUCAUUUCAAGCAAGUAUUCUUUUUUUGAUAUGUACUUUUCUAUAUAAAAUGUGUUCAGUGUGUGUUUAUAGAGAUUUGUAUCCAUAAGCAAAAUUUGUGCUAAACUGAAUUAAAUGAACUCUUAAUAUUGCUUAAUUCAAAUUUUAUAAAUAAAGUGUUUCAUGGAUAAAGCG